UUUAUCCAGCAACACUCCCACUCUCACUCCAACAUUUUACUCAGAGCCUCUCUCUCUCUCUCUCUCUCUCUCUCUCAAGGAAAAAAAAAAAAAGCUUCCGCUUGAUCUUCCAAUGGCGCUUAUGCUGGAGAAUUGCGAGGGCAUCUUACUCUCUCUAGACUCGCACAAAUCAGUCCCCGCUCCAUUCCUCACGAAAACUUACCAACUGGUAGACGAUCCCGCGACCGACCACAUAGUUUCAUGGGGUGAAGACGACGCCACCUUCAUCGUUUGGCGGCCACCUGAGUUCGCUCGCGACCUACUCCCCAACUACUUUAAGCACAAUAACUUCUCCAGCUUCGUCCGCCAGCUCAACACCUAUGGUUUUCGAAAGAUUGUACCGGACAGAUGGGAGUUCGCCAACGAGUUCUUCAAGAAGGGAGAGAAGCACUUGCUGUGUGAGAUCCACAGAAGGAAAACUGCUCAGCCCCAAGUAGGCAUCAACCAACACCAACAUCAUCAUCACCACCCGCAUUCCGCACUAGGCGUCAACGGCGCGAGUUUCUUCCCCUUUCCCAGCCGAACGAGCAUCUCCCCCUCCGAUUCCGACGAGCAAGCCAAUUGGUCCGACUCUCCCCCGCUCUCUUCCCCAAGAGGAGCCACCGGAGUCUACAACAGCUCCGUGACGGCGCUUUCGGAGGACAACGAAAGACUCAGGCGAAGCAACUCGCUGCUAAUCUCUGAGCUGGCGCACAUGAGGAAGCUUUACAACGACAUCAUAUAUUUUGUGCAAAACCAUGUGAAGCCUGUCGCUCCAAGCAAUUCUUACCCUUCUUCUUUACUUCUCUGCAACGCACCCGCAACCGCUACUCCUCUUACUACAACAAGCUCAUUGGUGCAAAAGCCUUUGAACCAGAUUCUUGGGUACUAUCCGACGUCGUCCAACCCUAAGCAAGCCCCUCCCAACCAUGUUACAUCAAGGAGCGGCUCUAUGACAGUUCUUGAAGAACCCAACAGCAUGAAUAGCUGCAAGACGAAGCUUUUCGGUGUGCCUCUUCAAUAUUCAAAGAAAAGAUUGCACCCAGAGUACGGUGCUAAUAUUCCAAUGAACACCGAGACUAGCAAGGCUCGUUUCGUCUUGGAAAAGGAUGAUUUAGGCUUAAAUCUCAUGCCUCCUUCCGCGUGUUAGUUUCAACGAAUCCAUUCAGAAAUCUAGGCUCCUUUUCACUUUUCUUCUUCUUCUUUUUUUUUUCGAUUUUCUUGUUCGAUGUUUUUUCUUUUGAGUCAGGAAUUAAGUCUGAUGAUAUGUGUGUGAGUGUGGGUGUUUGUGAGUGAGUCUGUAUAUAACUUUAGUGCCGGGUAUUAUCUUUGUUCCCCCACAGCCAUGAAUGCAGGUGGGUUUUGGUUAGAGUGAAGAUCAAAAGCAACGAUUUUAAAUCAUCUUUUGCAA